ACCAGGGCCUUAGUCUUACCUUGUUCGCCGCUUGGGGUCAAAACGCAGCGUUUUGGAUCUUCGAGCCUCCGUCCCCGCCAAAACGCGUGUUUUUGGACUCUUUCUACGUUGGGCAGUUUAUUUCUGUUAUGUCCCCCCCCCCCCUCUCUCUUUCCAAUGAAUUUCAAAUUUAAAGCCGAGUCCAAAUCAACAAACCCUAACCCUAACCCUAAUCCUAGCAAUGAAGGUGGAAAGAGACAGAGCAUUGAUCUUGGAAACGGAAGCGACCUCAUCUACAUUCCACGGUUCCUAGCCUUCGAAGAAUCGUGGAAAUGGUUCGAUUACCUCAACAAAGAAAUUCCAUGGACCAGACCCACUAUUCGCGUCUUCGGCCGAUCUUGCGUCCAGCCUAGAGACACAUGUUAUGUUGCAAGUGUAGGAUUGCCAGAACUAAGUUAUAGUGGAUACCAGCCACAUGCCUAUACUUGGGAUGAUUAUCCUCCGCUUAAGGAUAUCUUGGAUGCAGUACACAAAGCUCUGCCUGGGAGUAGUUUUAAUAGCUUGCUCUUAAAUAGGUAUAAAGGUGGCAAUGACUAUGUGGGUUGGCAUUCCGAUGAUGAGAAGCUUUAUGGUUCGACUCCGGAAAUUGCAUCUAUUUCUUUUGGUUGUGAACGUGAGUUCUUCUUGAAGAAAAAACCCAGUAAAGUGUCCCAAGUCUCAGAUAGUCGAUCUAACGGUGAACCUGUGAACAAGCGGGCAAAGAAGAGCAGCAGUGUUGAUCAUCAUUCUUUCACACUAAAGCAUGGAUCAAUGUUAGUCAUGAGAGGCUACACUCAGAGAGACUGGGUCCACUCAGUCCCCAAGCGUGCAAAAGCAGAUGCAACCCGCAUCAACCUCACCUUCAGGCAUGUUAUUUGAUGGGCUGUUGGAUAACGGGGAGAGGUAAUUCAUUGUCCAGCUUCUAUUCUAUUACCAUUUGCCUGUGGGUCUCAGAAAACUUCCUGCUACAAGGCAAAAUAUCUUAUAUUUCUGUUAGAAAGGGAAAAGGAAAACAUAAUUUGCUUGAUUAUGGACACUAGAAGGUUUUUGGGUGGUGAUAAGACUACCAAAAAUCCCAAGAGGGAAAAAAAAAUCAAAGAAAAAGUACAGUAACAGCACAUGCUGGUAUAUGCUAUGCUGUAUCUAUGUUUUACAGUUUUAGACAUUAUCAAGAACAUUUUGUAAUUUUCUUCUUUAUGGCUAGUGUUGCUACAACUGCUUCCUUCCAA